AGUGGCCAACGCCAGUUUAUAAUAAGACUAGUAUCCUCCUGUAAUCAUAACAUCGGGAUUAAGGAAAGUAAAAUCUUGGUGGAAAACAAGUCCAAAUGGAGAAAUGCCCAGUGGGUUGUGAAAUUUCAAAGCCGCAUGUUGCACUCUAUCCAGCUGUGACCGCAGGUCUGGGCCAUCUUAUUCCAUUCCUGGAGUUUGCAAGGAAGCUCGUUUCCUCCCACGCUUUCACAGUAACCCUAAUCACACCCCCCUUAACCCUUUCCCCGACGCACGCUAAAUAUGUCUCACAACUCCUUGCUUCAAAUCCUAACACAAUAUCUCAAGUAGAGUUUGCAGAGAUUCAUUUGGACGAAGAAGAAACCAAAGAUGUCGAGAAAAAGUUCCUGGCACAAAUAAGCAAGUCCUUGCCUGCAAUGGAACAAAGUCUGAAGAUGCUACAACAGCCCAACCGUCCUUUCCCGCCGGUUUGUGCGUUGAUAUCUGAUCUCUUCAACGCGGAAUCCCUGGAUGUGGCUGCCCACCUGGGCUUGCCAACAUAUGUCAUGUUCACAUGCUCUGCGACCUUCCUCUGGUUCAUGAUGAUCCAUCUCCCUCGCCUUUAUCCAUCCGAUGGAAACGAGGAUUCUCCGGUUUCUGUCAAUAUCCCGGGCUUGAAGAAGCCCUUCCGUGAGGCCGACUUUCCAGACCCGUUUCGCAACAAGUCAGCUGCAAUUUUUCAUGCGUUCCUCCGCCUUUGCUCUCCCUUGCGAGGGAUGGAGGCCAUUCUCGUCAACACCUUUCACGACUUGGAAGCUCGCACAAUUCAAGCGUUGGUGUCCGAAAGCGUUGGAGAAAUCGAUCGCUUACCGCCGGUACAUGCAAUUGGGCCGAUUACGAGGUCGUUUGAUCUGCCCCAGGUGGACGGUGAAGGAGAAGAGCGCCUGAAAUUGUGGCUGGAUAGCCGGGCUAAGGCGUCGGUGGUGUUCGCAUCGUUUGGUACGUGGGGGUUGAUGGAUAGAGAACAGUUGAUGGAGAUUGCUUUAGGGCUUGAAGCGAGCGGGCUAAACUUCGUUUGGGUUGUGCGGGGCAUUAGUACUACUAGUAGUGCUGCUACUUCUAGUUUGGAAGUGGAGUUGAGCGACGUUCUUCCGGAGGGUUUCUUGAGCCGUGUUGAGGGGCGUGGACAAGUGCUUUCUUCCUGGGCUCCCCAGGUCGCGAUCCUUUCGCAUCCGGCAGUGGGAGCAUUUGUUUCUCAUUGCGGAUGGAAUUCUGUUUUGGAGGCUAUUUGGUUUGGAGUCCCCAUCGUUGCCUGGCCUCUUUAUGCUGAGCAGCGAAUGAAUUGUGUGUUAGUUGUGAAUGAAUGGAUGUUGGGUUUGGAGGCUGUCAAGGGAGCGGAUGGAUUGGUUGGCCGGAUGGAGUUGCAGAGUGUGCUGGAAAAAGUCAUGGAUGGAGAAGAGGGGAAAUUGGUGAGGAGGAAUAUGGAAGAGUUGAGUUUGAAAGCCAGAUGUGCAGUCAUAGAAAAGGAGGGAAGCUCGUUUGCCAGCAUGGAAGCUGCAUUUAGUGGCCUUGCUAUAGGCACUGAAAGAAAACAUACUGAGUAAAAGUUAACUAGCCAUUUCCAUUUCUAUGAAUAACUUUUGUCCUUGUAGCAUA